GAGUAGCUUGUCAGAAAAUAGUCCCUGCUUCAAGGGAUGCCUCUGGACAUAGGGCAGCUAAGGCCCACUAUAAAAGCCAGCUCAGCUCUGUGCUCUCUCAUCCACUUCUCUGGCCUUCUUCUCCUUGGGAACAAGGUGCACCUCCUGCCCACAGACAUGUCCUGCUAUGACAAGUGUCAGCCGUGCCAGCCGUGCCAGCCCUGCGGCCCGACCCCGCUGGCCAGCAGCUGCAAUGAGCCCUGCGUCAGGCAGUGCCAGAACUCCACCAUCGUCAUCCAGCCCUCUCCUGUGGUGGUGACCCUGCCCGGCCCCAUCCUCAGCUCCUUCCCACAGAACACUGCUGUGGGAUCCUCUACCUCCGCCGCCGUUGGCAGCAUCCUCAGCUGUGACGGAGUCCCCAUCAACUCUGGCUGCUGUGACCUCUCCUGUAUUACCAGCCGCUACUGUGGCAGCAGGUGCCGCCCCUGCUAAAGAUGUCAGACAGUGCCCCAGACCAGGACCCCAGGAACUCAGAAUAUGCUGCUGGACAUAAAUGGACAGAAGAACAAACAUCGUGUUGUUGUUUUAAGAGAACCUGACCAUCUCUGGCUUGUCCUGUAAAGACAGACAGGAAGGGGCCAGCCUGGCUUCUCUGACAACAUGGCCAAUGUCUACCUUUUUUGUUUUCUACUCACUCACUCUUUUUCUCUCUUUUCUUUGUUGCCCUCUGCUUUCUCUGAGGGCCCCAGAAACCAGCCUGGUGUGACCUGCAAGUCUCUCUCCACUUGUGGGUCCAGUUAGAUGGAUGCCCUGUGGCACCUGUGCCAAAGGAAAAGUUGAAUUUUUGUCUGCUCCUGCUACUCUCCACUCUCGGGGCCUCCUCUUGGAGUCUCCUCAUUUCCCUCCUGAGAUUCAAUAAACAUUUUCAGC